UAAGGCGAGUCCGACGCGCGUCCGGCCUGCGGAACGGAGCCUCUCCAGCGCUAGGACCUGGCCACGGCGCCCUCAGGGCGAGGUGCCAUUGCCGCUGCCGCCGCCGCCGCUUCCUCCGAUCCCCCCGCGCGCGGGUGGGUGGGCGGCUCGAAUUACGUCGCCGAGCCUCUCCCAGACCCUUCGGCCGCGUCCGAGGAAAAAAAAGGGAGAAGGCAGCUUCGUUUCUCGGGACGGUCCCUUCUUCUACUUUCUCCGCCGGGGGAUUUCUCUCUCUCUCUCUCUCUCUCUCUCUCUCUCUCUCUCUCUCUCUCUCUCUCUCUCCGCUUCGCCGCGCCGGAUACAUGGGCCACCCUUAGGACCCAGAGACGUUUGCUAUGAUUUGGGCAGCCGUAGGCCCCCCCUCGAUCUGCUAUACUUCCAGUACUCCUGUGCAGGUACUGGAAGACCCUGGCUAUCUUCAUACAGAUCCUCAUCGGUUUGGCAAUGGGCAAGAUGGUUCCCCAUUAAUGGUAGAAGCGGUCAAUAAUAUUGAAGCCGAAGACCCUUUGUGCACCUUCUACCCCACAAGCUUUCUCCAGGCUUCAGAGGUGGAAAUGAGAGGUUCGGAGGAUGUUGUCCCUGGCACUGUUUUACAGCGGUUAAUCCAGGAGUUGCGUUAUGGCAACCCCAACGAGAAUAUGAACCUGCUGGCUCUCCAGCACCAAGCUACGGGGAGUGCAGGACCCUCCAACUCCACUGCCAGCAGCACCCUGUCUUCUUCGGUGGAAAACCUUGUGCCGGAUGACCCACAAAUGGUCCAGCAGUCAGCACGGCAGGAACCACAAGGCCAGGAACAUCAAGGGGACAACACGGUGAUGGAGAAGCAGACCAGAGGCUCCCAGCCUCAGCAGAACAAUGAAGAAUUACCUUCUUACGAAGAAGCCAAAGCUCAGUCACAGUUUUUUAGAAGUCAGCAGCCUAGUGUUGUUGGGCCCAGUUUCUACAUGGCCAGCAGCACUGGUCCAAAAUCUAAAAUGGAAGGUAGGCCAACUUUGGCCCGUGCCAACAGUGGACAGGCCCACAAAGAUGAAGCCCUGAAGGAACUGAAACAAGGCCACGUCCGCUCCUUGAGCGAGAGAAUCAUGCAGCUCUCCUUGGAAAGGAAUGGGGCCAAACAGCUUCUUCCUUGCUCGGGGAGAAGCAAAGGGGUCAAAUCCAGCGGGCCUUCUCCUUCCCCGGCUCCCAAUAAAGGCAUGGAUCAGAGGGGUCCCCCUCCAGAUUAUCCAUUCAAGAUCAAGCAGGGAAGCUCUCCAGGAAGCAAAAGUCAAGAGCCGGGCGUGUUUUUUAAUGAACAGCAUCCUGGAACACUUCAAGAAAUGACAAAGGCCUCCUAUUCAACAUCACAGCCAGCGAGGAGCGAAGUAGCUAUUGUCCGAUAUCAGGGUCCCCCAGAAUAUGGUAUCACCAGUCGUCAGUGUGCAUCGUCUUUUCCAUCGCUGCCAACACCCCGGGAGCACAGCCCAAUGUCCUCCCAGACCUCCUCGCUUAGUGGCCCACUGCACUCCGCGUCUCUGCCGCCUCUCUCAAUGGCCACAGCAUCCCAGUCUCUGCCCGCAACGCCGCCUAGCCAGCAGCCCCUCACACCAGAUGCCUUCAUGAUAGUACAGCGAGCACAGAAAAUGGUGGAGAUGUUGUCUGAAGAUAAUGAAGCCCUGCAGAAGGAGCUGGAGGGCUACUACGAGAAAGCAGACAAGCUUCAGAAGUUCGAAAUGGAAAUUCAGAGGAUUUCAGAAGCUUAUGAGGACCUUGUGAAAAUCACCACCAAGAGAGAGUCACUAGACAAGGCGAUGCGAAACAAACUUGAAGGUGAAAUCAGAAGACUCCAUGAUUUCAACAGGGACUUGCACGACCGACUGGAGACUGCAAAUAGGCAACUGGCCAGCCGAGAGUUUGAGGGACAUGAAAAUAAGGCAACAGAGGAUCUUUAUGCCUCUCAGAACAAAGAGUACUUGAAGGAGAAGGAGAAGCUAGAAAUGGACUUGAUGGCCUUGCGCCUCACCAAUGAGGAGCAUCGAAGACACAUUGAGAUCCUUGACCAGGCUCUGAACAGCGCUCAAGCCAAAGUCAUCAAGCUAGAAGCAGAGCUGCGGAAGAAGCAAACGCAUGUCGAGAAGGUAGAGAAGCUCCAGCAGGCCUUGACCCAACUUCAGGCAGCUUAUGAGAAGCGAGAGCAGAUGGAGCAUCGAUUGCGUACCCGGCUGGAAAGAGAGUUGGAAUCCCUGAGGCUGAAACAGAAACAAGGGAAUUACCAAGCAGCCCCGGUGCCUGAGUACAACGUCCCAGCCUUAAUGGAGUUAGUGCGGGAGAAGGAUGAGAGGAUCCUGGCUUUAGAAGCUGAUAUGACCAAGUGGGAGCAGAAGUACCUCGAAGAGAGCACCAUCCGGCACUUUGCCAUGAAUGCGGCAGCCACGGCUACCCCAGAAAAAGAUACUUUGGCCCCCAGCCACUCCCGCAGUGGCAGCUACAGCGAGAGCUCCCUGGAAGUCCGCAUAUGGCAGGAAGAACAGGAGAAGAUGCAAAACAACCAGAAGCGUCAAGACAUGGAAUACACAAUAAAGAAUCUGUAUGCAAAAAUCAUCGAGAAAGAUGCCAUGAUCAAGGUCCUUCAGCAGCGAUCCAGGAAAGAUACCAGCAAAGGAGAUUCUGCAAGUUUGAGGCCCGCUCAGUCGGUCCCAUCGAUAGCCGCAGCUACGGGAACACACUCCCGUCAGACCUCCCUUAACCACACCCAGGGCGUUGAGGAGAAGAAAGAAGAGAAGUCCUGGAAAGAAAGCAUUGGUUUGCUGUUAGGGAAAGACACCUCUGAACAGUCUCCCAUCCCUUCGUUGACCCUUCCAACUCCUUCUUUGUCCUCUACUUUGUCUUCAUGGCCAGUCGCCAUCUGCCAUGCGAAAAUGGGCAGCAAAGACAACAGCACUCAGACCGACAAAGGCACGGAGCUUUUCUGGCCCACCGCGGCUUCUUUUCCGGGUAGAGGGAAACUGAGUCACUGUUCUGGCAGCAGUCCAGCCCUGAGGCCCAUUGCAGGCAAAAAUGCUGGGGAGAAACCGGAAAACUCUUCCAGCUGUGGGAAGCUCCUGGACAGCAGCAGAAGCAGAGUUAGCCACCUGCUUCACAAGCCUGAAUUUCCAGAUCCAGAUAUGAUGGAAGUCCUUAUUUGAAGCCGUGGAGCGUUUGCUGCUUUGGGGGAGGGGGGGGGGAAGCACGUCUUCACUCUGGAGAGAGGGGAGGUCUUGUUUUCAUUGCUGUGCUUGAAUUCAAAACUCUGGAGGACACCAAAAAGUUGGACCAAGAAAGUUCGAACCGAGAAGGAAAACUCAAGGUGAAUCCGAGAGUUGAGGAGAGCAGAAGACUCAGAAUGUUGGAGAGUGAACAUUUGGGAUGUCCGCUGUGCACAGUUAACCAUGCUGUGGAUUUGGGGUGGGUGGGAAAAGGCAAGACAUUAUAGGAAUCCGAGGACGUUUCUAUGGAGGAGGUGUUUGGUGUGCCAGGAACUGUUCUCCAAACCGCCUAAUCUGUAACAUAAUUGGGUGGUACGCUGCCCACAUGGAAUUCUUUCGAAUUGUAUUUGCAAUUCUUGGGUGAGGGAGCAGGACUUCCAAAUAUCAUUCUUCUAGCUGCUACCUUCUUCCUGCUUUUCCCUUUUGAUCCCUCAAACCAUCUGGGUUUGCUUCUACUGUAUAUGUCAAACAUGCCGACGUAGAUCUCUGGUAGAACAACGUUUAGACAGGUUGAUCCUACAUUCUUUCCACGAUCUCUGUAGCUUCUCUCGGCCUACAGAGGUCCCUGAAUGCUGUUGACAGCAGAAGAGAAUGAGUUGACAUCCCAGGUGCUCCAUGCACGAGAGGCAUGACUUGCUGAUCUUAUUCCAUUAUGCGUUAUGAAACUAAACGAUCGGUGAACAAAUCAGCUGAAAGAUCUCCAGCUCCUUCAAAUUUAAUUUAUUCUGGCUGUGUCAGAGCCCAGCUCAGUUAGCCCUAAAGUUAAUAAUCCCAGAAGCAUCGUAUGAGAUCACUUCCCUGGAUACAUAGCAAAAUUCCUGAGGGAGACCGGUCUCUGUCCAGAGGUCAUGCAUCUGUGUGUGAAGAUAGCGCAUCUUAGGAUCAAGUCAACACAUCUUUGCUGACUUGCCAGUUAGAUCUAUUUAUGACCUGGUGCUAGAUAAGGUAUCUUUUGAGUCUCUGCCGUAAGCUGGAAUGUUGAAAGACUCCUAAUAUAAUGUAGGAAGUAGUUUAACACGAUGGUCCCUUCCGGAUGGGGCCAAAUGUGCAGCUGUUUUUGUAUUCUCCUCUUGUUGUGUAGUGUAGUGCCGGUUGCGUUGUACUCCUUCUGAAGAAAAGUAUGCCUGUGUACCUCGGUAAGAGUCCUUAGUCUACGUAGCAGUGUUCUGGGUUUUGCUCUGACUCAUGAAUUUGCCUCUUCGUCAGAUGUUAGGUGGGGAAAAAAUAAGUCUCCCAAGGCUUGUAGUAGAUCAGGGGUGUCAAACUCAAUUUCAUCGAGGGCAACAUCAGGGUUGUGUUUGACCUCGAGAGGAGGCUUGAGGUCACUCAUAUCAGGAGCACCUGUGGUAGUCCAAUUGCUCUGCCAGCUCCGUUUUAGGCUGGGACGGCCUCCUGCAACUCUCUACCAGCAAAAACGGAGCUCGGGAAAACUGCACAUGGCUCUCCCAAACUCCGUUUUCAUUGGCAGAGGCCCCGCGGCCCAGUCCUUCACUGUUUCCAGAUCUAAUCACCUCCCUGGGUCAGAUCCGGCCCCCGGGCAUUGAGUUUGAUACCUCUGUAGUAGAUGCUACUUCCCGGCGUAUCUGUAGAUAGCAAGGUCACGCAAAUCUCUUUUUCCUCUUUCCCUUUCUCUGUAGACCAGACAGACAGUCUUAUUGCCUCUUGUUACAGACACAUUUUAAAUCUAGGACAGGGAGGCCCUUUUCCUCUGUGGCAAAACGCCCAAAAUGCAGCCCUGUGUUUGAGGCCCAGUUAUGUUUUAUCCGAAAGCAUAAAUAGCAGGUCUCGAAUUUUGACUGUCUGUGGUAAAUUUCUCUCCACAGACUAUCAGGACUGUUUGUAGCAUUGCUUGCUCAAUGCUGUUUCUGAGGUGCAAAACCUGGCAGUCUAGAAGGGAAUUUAAUCUAAAAGCCGCUUCUUUAUAUACCGUGUUUCCCCGAACAUAAGACAGGGUCUUAUUUUCUUUUGACCCCCGAAAUAAGCACUUGGCCUUA